AUGCCGGCGGUCCCAGGAAGUGUUUACAAUCAGAACCAGCAGCCGAGCUGUUUUGAUCGGAUGAAGAUGGGUUUCACGAUUGGAUUCUGUGUGGGAAUGGCCAGCGGUGCACUGUUCGGAGGCUUUUCUGCCUUAAGAUAUGGAUUGCGCGGCCGAGAGCUUAUCAACAACGUUGGUAAAGUUAUGGUGCAAGGAGGUGGAACCUUUGGCACCUUUAUGGCAAUUGGAACUGGCAUUCGUUGCUAA